GUACCCACCUUUCUCAAUAGGAAUGGUUUACGAGCACAACGAUGAGGAGUUGCCGGAACCGGACCUGGAACCUAAUGAACUUUGGCCAGAUUCAGACUAUGGAUCUGAUCAGGAAGAUGACAUCUUUGGGAACGAGGAUUCUGGACCUCCCAGUCUUACAGAUCAGGAACUUCGAGAUUUGGAUCGGAAAGCCAUGGUGACAGAGAUUGAUCGUCUCAUUGCCAUGCAGGCAGUUCAAAGGAUAGCCCUCAGUGAGAUUCAUAAACAAGAUGGAACAGGAACAGAGAACACAGACGAUGAAGGAACAGAGAACGGACACUUUCAGUCCGGCCACCAGCGCCUCAUUGGUGAGGACAAAGAGAUGCAGCUUUACUGUGGAGUGACCACUUUGCGAACACCCUCCAGGAACAGUAUUUUGGUAGUUCAUGUCGAUGACCAAGCAGCAGGAAAGAGUAGUCAUCUGGAACCAGUCUUGAACAAGAUAGGAAGAGUUGAAACUCAAGACGAAAGCCUCAAAGCCAACUCCGUGUACCCAGGACCUACACAUCAAGCCUGGAAACAGCUUAUUCACCUAGUGCAGUACAUGUCUAGGAACGGUUCAUUUGACUUCAGCGCAAUUGCAGAGAAGCAGGAACAUUUGUUGGAAGUUUUCAGUGACAGCGAUUGGGCAGGUGAAGCAGAGUACUAUGCAGGAGCAUCAGCAGCAUCUGAUAGUAUUUUGUUGAAGGAAGCAGUUGAGUUCUUGACAGGAAGAAGGUGCAAGGUGAACUUGACCCUUUUCUUGCAGGAACUUCACAAACAAGGAACUUUGAGCGUUCACCCUGUGGGAACCAAAGAGAACACUGCCGACAUAGGAUUCCAAGAUGAGAACAAUGACCCUGUAGGAAUUUCGGAAGGCUUGGUUUCAGGAAAAGGUUCAGGAACAGUGCAGUCAAGUCUAGGAACAGUCAUGUUUCAGGAACAGUUUGUGCAUCCGCAGAUGUUCUCCUACUUCAAGGAACUAGGCCACGUUGUACAGAAACUCUGUGCGAGCCAUAUCCCGGAAGGGAACGCAGAAGGACCAGAAGAAGAAAGUGGAAAGGAAAGUGAAGAAGUAAGAGAGAUGGCACAAGCCGUGAAGGAACUUAAGGAGAUCAUGGCGAAUCAGAACGAGUGUAUGCAGGAACUGAAGCAAGACAUAGCAGGAAUGAAGGAACCGGUGCUUCAGCAAAGCCAGCUGACAGCAUUGGCGAUAAAGGAACUAACCAAGGAGGUUAGGGACCUCCAGGCCAACUUCAAGGAACUUCAAGGAAGAUGGGAUGAGUUCAUAGAAGAGGAAGAAAAGGCAAGAGAAGAGUACGCGAAGUACUUUGACGAGCAGGAAAAGCUAAAGGAAGAACUCAGACAGGACCGUGACCGUCUUCUUGAGAAGGAACUGAGGAUGGAAGGCCAGCUUUUUCCAAGGACUUCCACGUCACCUACAAGGAAAGAAGAAGAAGACAUCAGCCAGUACAACGACCGCGCCUACUUCGACAGGAAGCAGGAAGAAGAGGAAGCCAAGGAAGCAAUGGAGGAAAACGAGGACGAGUACUACACGCAGUCCUACGAGAUCUCAGAGGAAGAAGCAGGAGAAGCGUGGACAGAGGAACCAGAGGCAACAGAAGCAACAGGACCAAAGGAGCCAAAGGAGGAAGAAGAAGAAGGAAAGCCAAGGAGUAAAGAGACACAGGAAGAGUACGAAGAGGAAAGGAAGAAACUCUUGGCAAAGGCAAGGGCAGACAUUGCCCAGAAGGAAGCAAAGAGAAAGGAACAGGAAAAAGGUUUCAAGCCGCCUGUGGACAAGAGCCAGGAAUACAAGUACUACACCGAAGGAGGCCACAUCUACAGGCAAAGCCACAAAACAGGAGAGAAGAUUUGGUGGAACUACGAUUACAAAUACAAGCACCAGAAAGGAAAAGGCAAGGAAGCCUAUGAGAAAGCAGGAAAAGGAAGCCGACCACACCAGCCCUUCCAGCCCCGAGACGAAGAGGACAAAGCGUACUGGGCGAGCAUGGAUGAGGAAGUGAAGAGUAAUAGCGACCUUGGAGAGGAACGCAAGUGGACAGUCGCAUGUCUGCGCAGUUGA